CGUGCUGACCUCAGUGACUUUCAGUAUCUGCCAACAAAAUAUACCCGGAUAAGAAUCACCCAAAAAAGCCAUGGACCCAAGCAUACGUCGACCUUACGUCUGCACUCUCAGUCCCAAAACACUGGAAAAGGCAAAGCGGGAGCUGAACGAAGACCCCGACACAAGGGACGCGAAAAUCGAUGAAUUGAGAGCAAAAUUUAAAAAAGAACGACCUGAAAUCAAGCUACCACCUGAGGAUGCCUUUUUUGUGCGCUACCUACGAAAUAAGAAAUAUGAUGUCGAUCGCGCCUUUAAGAUGAUCGUGAACUAUUACGAGGUUCGUCGAAAAUACCCGGAGUUGUACAACAACUGUCGGCCAUCAGCGUACAAGCAAUUAUAUGAGCUCGGUAUACAGGGUAUACUUCCAAAACGAGACAAUCAAGGCAGACUGGUCUCAAUAGGGAAAAUGAGUCUUUGGGAUCCUGACAGAUUUGAUUAUGACUUUCUCAUGGCGGGAUAUUUAUUGUCAAUGGAGAAAAUGAUUCAAGAUGAAGAAACCCAGGUGAAUGGAAUCGUAGUGGUUGGUGACUAUGAAGGCUUGAAAAUGAAACAUGUUUUGAAAUUGGGUCCAACUCAGGCUAAAAAACAAAUGGAUUGCAUAAUGAAUGCAAUCCCGAUUCGGUUCAAAGCAGCACACUACAUUCGACAGCCAGAUAUAUUUGAAACCAUGUUUUCCAUUUUCAGACCAUUUAUGUCUGCGAAGCUGAUCAAGCGGCUUCAUUUCCAUGGCCAGGAGUACGGUACUCUUCACGACUACGUUCCAUCAUCAAUUCUACCACCAGAAUUUGGCGGUCAAUUCAUGGAUUUCAACUGUAAUGAAUGGUACGAAAACCUUAUGAAAUGUGACGCUGAAUUUGAAUACAUGGAUCAGUUUGGUAUUCCAAAAGCAAGUGACGUCCUCGGAGGUACUGCCCAGGGAGUGGAUGCUAGUGGUGGGAUAGCAGGGUCAUUUAAAAAACUGAGUGUAGACUAGUGUACUCGAAGAACCAUACUUGUAUACAUCAUUUUAACGCUACUAAAAUGUCUUGCCACAAAAAGUAUAAUUUUCAAAAAAGAUUUGUAAAUUUAUGUAAUAAUUGGAGAUUUAAUUAUAGUAACUAAAUAAUUUGGGGUUUAGUUUACAAAAUAUAAUAUACAUUUUUAUUCUUACUUGGGACUAAGUGCCCUCAGGGGUAAAGGUAAGUAUGGACGAAUCACACAUUAGAUUAUAAAUGAAUUAAAUUUAUCUCUAUUACCGGUAUAAUGUUAUUAACAAAAUACAAGAAUUUAUGUUUGAGUACAUCAUGCAGUGAAAGCAAUGAGGCACAUAGUGUACAAUGACAUGAAUUUAAAUAACAUUAUUAUUAUGCAUCUUUUUAAAAGAUGUUUAGAAUAUAAGUUUAACUAUUUCUUUCAGAGUUUGAUAUCAGAUGCUGUCAGGUGACAUAAAUUUGCAUAAUUUAGCGAGCACUCUUCAGUGACACAAAUUCUGGACAUUUGUUUUUUACGUGAAAGGGCUCUGAGAAAGAUUGUAACUGCUCUCUUAUGCUUUAAUACAAGCUAGAAAACUGUAAGGCACAUGCAUUUUAGUUACCUUAAAGGCCCAAUUCACUUGCCCCGGGCAAGUAUGAAUUGGAGGUGUGGCUAUUCUAAUGCAUGGUGUUAAUCACUUGCGUAGCCUAUGAUGCAUCCUGUUUCAGCGGUCCAACAUCACAUGACUUUGAUUGACAGUAGUAAUUAUUCAAGAUUAGUCGCGCAUCCCUUUCCCCGGUUCAUGUUCUUUACUUUUAUCCGCCAAAAUCUCAGCUCGUACACAAUUUUAUUGUCAUAAAUAUUACACACAGUCACUGCUGUGAUAUUCAUAGUCACAUGCAUCCACUUUGGCACGACAUAAUCGACCUGUAAGUUCGAGAAAACACGUUUUUACCGGAGCUUGGCUGGAGCUGUUUACUACAGCGUGACAAGCAAGGAAAUGAUCCCUAUUGUUUAGGAGCGUAUUUAUAGUAUACCUGGGCCUUUAAUGAAUAUCUUUAGAAAGUAUUAUUGCAUGUAGUGACUGGGUGAUCAACUCUAACCAGCAUUGGAUUAAGUGGCAUUGAUAAACACUGUCGACAUUUCUUCAAUCAAACAAAUUUAUGCGAGUUUGGAUAAUCCAUAUCUUGUUUUCAAUAUUAAAAUAUAUUUUCAGCUUAAA